CUAGCCAAUCAGCACUUUCUCCUUUUCUGUUACCCCGAAAAUUUGAUUCUAAAAUACCAAUAUUCAGACAGAGAGCUGCCACAUCAAAAGACAAUGUAAUAGAUCGAUCAAUGAAACUAUCAGCAUUAAAUAGAAAGUUUCAAGCAAACAUGAUACUGAGUGAGCCAACUGCUCCUCAAGAAAAUGAAAUCGAUAAUGGGAAGUUUCAGAGAAAAGUUCUUUAUCAGUUAUCAAAUAUGGCUAACGAAAUUAAAGAUUUACGAAUAGCAGUGGAAAUGAUGGCCGUACCAAGUUUAGAGACUGUUGCUGAGGUCCAUCUAGAAGUUAUAGCUGGAGCUAUUGGGACCUUGAAUGGAUACAGAAAAUUAGAGGAGCAAUGUGGAGUUCUUGCUAAUCGAACAAUUUUACUUUGCCUUCUUUCACGAAUCGGAGGAUCAUCCAUUAAAGAUACUUCUAAGAAUCUAUUGAAAAGACUUUUUACAAAUUUUGUUAUGUCUCAUUUGAGUAUGGAUGGUAAAGGUUCUCUUAAAAAGCUUCCGUUUAGAGACUCUGCUCUGUGUCAACUUGUUGUUGGUGGCACUGGGAAAGGUGGCGCCCAUUUUUCCAAUUCUCAAGAUGGAGAGGCUGGCUUGAACGAUUCAAGCAAAGAUGAUGCUUAUUGUCAUGAAAGCGAUCAAUAUAAUGAUAAAUACGAUAAUUCAUAUUAUAAUAAUUAAAAUUAGUGUAAAUAUGUUUAAGACUUGCAUGUAUGAAAAAAAAUAUCUGUAUGUUUGA